GAAACAGGCCAGAAGAACUUUUUCAGACGCAUAUGAUAACACUGCGCCGUGAGCGCUUAAGACCGACAACCAGAAGGCGCUGAAAGGAGAGACACUGACGAAGACGACGGUCCACCUGAGCCAUGCUGGCCGAAGGUUUUCUCCUAGUGCAGCUCUACAGGGAGGACAGGAAGUUGGCGUCCGCUUCCAAACGACACAAAACGCAGACACACACUCACUGUACGGACCCUUUCAACUGUAUUCUCUCCAACUCUGACUCGACGGAGCUACAGACAGAUGCAGCUGAAGCAGGUCCAAACCAGGACGAGUUAGACUCCAACCAGGGUCAGGUACUGAGAGUGGUGCCUCAAGUCCCCGUAGGCCUCUCAAUCCCUGGGUGUUCACCUGCCCUCACCCUGGGCCCGGACUUUAGAGUUUGCAUUGACGACUGUAGCCUCCUGGAGCAGUAUCCAGACCUACAGGUGGCCGACUCAGGCCUCAUCUCAUACACCCCACUGAGAGCCGCCAUCACCCAGCACCGUUUGUACACUCGUGUCUCGGAAGUUGCCCAUCACCAGGAACAGGCAGCCCAGCGGGAGCCACAAGGGGGCCUUGUUUCAGCCGUACCAGACCAGGGAAAUCUGGUCAUGGGGUCCAGUGCGAACAUGAGCCUGUUUUGUCUGCCCGGAUCUGGGUUGGAGCCCAUGUCAAACUCAGUACUGAAUGGGCUGCUGGACAAGCAGCUGGAGGAGGUGUACAUGCAGCACCUGACCGACAACUUGGCUCGAUGCAACUCCCACCUGGGGAACAGCAUCCUGCACGGCCUGGUGCCGCCGCCGCAGCCCAGCAGCCACCCGCAGGGGCCAGACUCACUGGAGGCCAGUCUGGAGGAAGGGUCAGGAGGGGGAACCGGAAAGAAGAUUAGUAAUCUGAGCAUGCAGAACUUAUUUCCCUGUUCAUCCAACUUCAGCUCCCCUGUGCUGAGGAUUUCAGAGAUUGACAAUACUCAUCUGAAAUGAAACAUGGAGGAAUACAUCUUGCAAUAGAAUAAAAUGUUAUGAUCUGGUUCAUAUAUAUAUUUUUGCUUUUGCUCUUCACUCCAGGUUUACCCACACACAUACACACACGUGUUGCCAUUACUCACUCGGAAAUGGAGACCCAAUUCAAGCAUGCUUUUAUUUUUGUUCAUCUGUAUCUACAGUCUUUGUUUACUUGCUUUGAUACAAUGAGGCCUGGAAUUGACCUGCUCUCAUGUGCCACCUGCUGUUGCAUUGUUGUAUUACACCACACUAAAUUGACCUGUAAUUCAUGAGAAUUAAUUUCACUGAUAUUUUCAGUGACAUUAAUUGACAGUGGGUGCGUGUUAGGUAGGUAAUGAUCAGAGCAAACCGAAAAUCCAGUGUUAUCUAAUAAUGCACCAUGGAGAGGCCUUGUAAAUAGGUGUGUAUUGCUCUGUAAAAGAACCCCUCUGGCAUAAAUUAUCUAAAAUGGAAGAAGCAUUAAAAAAUCAUCGGAUUUUAUGACAGGUCUCUUGAGCUAUGACCCAUCCACAGACCAGGAAAUGCAGAGUCGCAUUCAGGCUUUUGGAGAGUUUGACAAAGAUUGUUUUGACUUUUAAUAUUUCAGUAUGCCCAUCAUUUCUUUUAGUACCAUAAUAAAGCAGGAAAUAUAUGAUUAAACUUUGUUACAGCAAAAAUGUAAAAUGACACAUUACAUGUUGCAAGACAACAAAUAAUUGUACAAGUGGAACCUGAUAAAUUAAAUUACAGAUAAAGAUUUAAAAUAAAUAAUACUUAAUAAAUAAAAGCUGAGUUGUAAAUCUGUUUUUUUUUAAUGACAAAUAUACAAACAUACUAUAACAUUUUAAUUUCAAUGGACUAAGUGCUGCCAAUCUGAUAAUUCCACAGCUUGAUCCCUAUAUUCUGAUUUGUAAAUCACAGAGACAGCUGUCUGUGUGUAUUAUAUAUUUUUUACCUCACUGUAAAAAACGAUUCAGGAAUAAACUUAGUGAGUUCUGUUUCAUGUGUUUUGUGAUAUGAUGAGAAGGUUUUCUGUUUAUCUGAAGCCCGUAUGGCUUGGUGGUCAACAUCAAUUGAUCUGUCUGUGGGAAACCUGUAAAGGAUGGAGGGAACCGCAAUACUAUAAAUAGGGAAUAUAUUAAUGCAGUUGAUAUAAAUUAUAAAUUACUAUAACAAAAUGGACCGUCCUUACCCACUGAAUCCUUGCUAAAAUAAACAUGGAAGUACAUGCUGAUGUACUUUAUUGGGGAGCUUUGCAUCAAACCUCUUUUGGAGGCACCUGCAGAUCACAGUGAGGCCCAGCAGGAACUGACAGAGGCCUGUCAGAGAUUUAUGAAGCAUCCGCCUGCUUAGGCUUGAUUUGCGACCUGCGAGACGCAGAUCCUAAUAUCUGGGCCUCCCAGAGCGCCCGCAGUGAGGGAAAUGGAGAUCCAUUAACACACGCUCAUGCACGUGGCUGUUUGGCAACAUAGGAAAAUAGUGAAUCACAUCUAUGUUGUUUUUUUUUUGAGGCAUCUAACUAAGACUUUGCCUCAAACACUAUACAGUGUGUACAGAUUAGAACUUGUAUGUACCUGGACCUAAGAUGGCAUGUUACUGUCUAUACAUGCUAGAGAACUGUAUUUUGUUUUCACUGUAAAUAUAUGGGUUCAAUUGCAAAGGUACUCAAUAAACACCUUUUUUCAUUUUCA